UCUGGGAAGGUAUUUGCAUACUCGAUUAUGAUUGGUCAACGCAAUUUAUGUGUUUUGGCGGUGUUUUCAAGAUGGCCGACUAACAGUCAAGAAUUUUUUGAAAGGCAAGAAACAUACAAAAUGCAUCGCGAAUAUUUAUCUAAGCUUUUAUACAAAUUCCGCAAAGACGAACUCAUAGAUACACUGUCACAGAAAGCAUACUUAAAUGUGGAUUCGCUGAACAAGAACGGUACAAAAGCAACCAUUGUCAAUAGAAUUGUCAGACACCUUGGAGACAAAUUGACUCGKAGAGAAAUCGCUGACUUGGACUUGAUUUAUCAACAAAACCACCCCACAAGCAAGCAAUGGAUUGUCUAUCAUUUAGAAGAAUUUGAUAAUGAARGGGCACAAAAGCAAAGGCUUUCUAAUCCCAAAGUCCUCGAAUCAAGGCUUCAGACCAAAUUAAAAUCCUUCUUUGACAUUGAUACAUGUGUACAACUGUGGAGGGAUGCCUUGUGGACACGAUUAUCUAUUUCUGAUAACAUCAAAAAAAUUUCACCAUCAACAAUUGUGUAUAUAAUUCAUUAUCCAUUAUCACCUUAUCUAAUGAUGACAAACAUGAAACUAUCUCACAAGAAAUACAUUUUCCAGGCUUUGUGUGAUACACUGGGAUGUACAAAUAUCAAACAGCUCAACUUAGCAGGAAAAGAUGUUCUUUCAUUAUCAGAUAUGGUGCUCAAUAAUAAAAGUCAGGGAUCUUACAGUGAAUACAGACUGAAUCAAGUUGAUGACAACCCACUUCUUCUUGGAACCCUCCCUAAGAAGAAAAAGUCUAACCAAAGUGAAGCAGAGAUGUUUUCAAAGGCAAGACCAAUAGAAGAGAACAAGCAAGAUAAUGACAAAAAUAAACAGUGGAUAGAAAAUGCUUUUGGUCCCAAGGAACCRGUUUUGGAAAAAGUAAAAUUCACAAUGGAGACAAGUUUUAAAGGAACAACAAAUUUAGAUUUCAAGAAAAACAUCUUUAAAUGUUCAGUCAAAUUUGAAGGACCRAGUGUUAUAGAAGGAAUUAAAAAUCUUGGAGAAGCAGGAAUUGCUGACCUUCCUCUUCCAGCACACCUGGCAAAUAUUCAUUCUUUAUCUAGAAACCACUUCACUUUGACAAAUAGAAAGAGGCCAAGGCAAUAGCAACCUACACUUCAGAAAUUUCCUCUGUGCUCUUUAGCAGGGAGAUGCUGGAAAGACAACUGUCAGUUUAGUUUUAAGUCUGGAUUAAAUGAAUACUACAUUUUGUAUAAAAAAUGACCAUAAUCUGAGUUCGACAGUCUUUUCAGAACAAUUAUUUUAAUUAUUUUAAAGUUUAUAUUUUAUUGAUUCAAAAGACAUUCAAAACCACGGCUGGCUUUCCUUUCAGUUUUUAAUGUUUUAUGGUAAAUAAAUAAAUAAUAUGCUUUUGUUUUUACAAUAUUUGUAUAUGUUUAGUGGUUGACAUGAAAUUAAACAUUAUUGUGUUAAAAA